AUGGAAAAGGAGCUACACUGUCCCGUGUGUGAUGGGAUUGUGAAGCAGCCCAUCCUUCUGCCCUGCCAGCACAGCGUGUGUCUGCUCUGUGCUGCGGAGGUCUUGGUUCAGAGAGGAUACCCUCCUCCAGACCUGCCCCCUGAACCCUUGUCUCCUGCCUCCACUCCCAACACCCGCUCCCCUCGACAAACACGCAGACCCCCAUCCAGGACCCCAGACCGCCUGGAGCAUAUCCUCAGAACAGUGUGUGGGACGUAUCCAGGGCGACGGAGGAAGGACACUGCUCCGCCCAUGCUCUUCCCGUGUCCUUCCUGUCAGCAGGAGGUGGAGCUGGGAGAGAGGGGUCUGACCGAGUGCCUGCGCAACCUCACACUGGAGCGCAUUGUGCAACGGUACAGACACACCAUCAGCCUGGGGAGCGUGGCCAUCAUGUGUGGCUUCUGUAAGCCUCCACAGUCUUUGGAGGCCACCAAGGGCUGUGCUGACUGCAAAGCCAACUUCUGCAAUGAAUGUUUUAAACUCUACCACCCCUGGGGCACUCCCCGAGCCCAGCACGAGCACAUUUUACCAACAAAUAACUUUCGGCCAAAGGUUCUGACAUGCACAGUUCACGAGCAUGAGAAACUGCAGUGGUAUUGUCGCCACUGUCAGAAGCUCCUGUGUCAGUACUGCAAACUGCGACGCGUGCAUCAUGGGCACAAAGUGAUGCCCAUAGCAGAGGCCUACCAAGCUCUGAAGGUAAGUGCCCCCUAUAAAGUGAUGCCCAUAGCAGAGGCCUACCAAGCUCUGAAGGUAAGUGCCCCCUAUAAAGUGAUGCCCAUAGCAGAGGCCUACCAAGCUCUGAAGGUGAGUGCCCCCUAUAAAGUGAUGCCCAUAGCAGAGGCCUACCAAGCUCUGAAGGUAAGUGCCCCCUAUAAAGUGAUGCCCAUAGCAGAGGCCUACCAAGCUCUGAAGGUGAGUGCCCCCUAUAAAGUGAUGCCCAUAGCAGAGGCCUACCAAGCUCUGAAGGUAAGUGCCCCCUAUAAAGUGAUGCCCAUAGCAGAGGCCUACCAAGCUCUGAAGGUGAGUGCCCCCUAUAAAGUGAUGCCCAUAGCAGAGGCCUACCAAGCUCUGAAGGACAGAGUCACCAAGCAGGCCAACUUUAUCUUAGCUAACCAAGACGUAAUAAAGAGUCAGAUUUCCCAGAUUGAAACCACAAUCAAACACAUGGAGGCCAACAGCGCCGUGGCCAUGCAGUACCUGGUGCAGAGCGUGCGGGAGCUGGGGGCCGCGGUGUGUGAGCGGCAGGCGGCUAUGGCCCAGGCGCUGGAGGGGACCCGCGCCCGCAGAGGGGAGGCUUUAUCUGGGCAGGUGUCAGAGCGGCGUGGCCUGCAGGAGAGCGGAGGUCUGGUGUCCUUCACACAGGAGCUGCUCCGAGAGACAGACCCACCCAGCUUCGUGCAGGCGGCAAGAGUCACACAUAACCGACUGGUGAAAGCCGUACAGAACCUGCAGAGUUUCACCCUCUCAGCAGAUCCCUCCUUCAAACACUUUCACCUCGAUGCGUCCAGAGAAGUCAAGCUCAUCAGCAGUUUGAACUUCAUACAGGCCCCCCUGGCCCCGGUCAUCGACACCCAGAAGACGUUAGCCUACGACCAGCUGUUCGUGUGCUGGCGCCUGCCCCAGGACUCGGCCGCCGCGUGGCAUUUCUCUGUGGAAUACCAACGGCGCUCGGGGGCCACCGGAGCCACGUGGGGGGGCACCCAGUCUCCAAACACUGCAGUGUCAUGGCAACGCCUGGACGAAGUCCGAGGCACCUCAGCCGUGAUUGAGCGGCCGCAGAUGGACAGUGUGUAUGUGCUCCGGGUCAGAGGCUGCAACAAGGCCGGCUUUGGAGAGUUCAGUGAGGAGGUCUACCUGCACACGCCGCCUGCUCCUGUGCUCAGUUUCUCCCUGGACUCACGCUGGGGCCUCCACGCUGACCGCUUGGCUCUGGGUAAAGGCUUGACUUACGCGCGGAGUGUUCCAGGGAUGUCUCUGCUGCAGGCCGCAGACCACACGCUCACGUCCUGUCUGCUCUCCUCCGACCUGCUGGUGGGCGACCUGUCCGUGACUCAGGGACGACACUACUGGGCAUGCUCAGUGGAGCCGGGCUCAUACCUGGUGAAGGUGGGGGUCGGGCAGGAGACCAAACUGCAGGAGUGGUUUCACCUUCCUCCUGACAUCGCCAGCCCUCGCUGUGACCCGGACAGCGGCCAUGACAGUGGUGCAGAGGACUCUCAGGACAGCCCACCCUUCUGCUUCCUGACCAUGGGCAUGGGGAAGGUCCUGUUGCCUCAGACUCAGAGCCACAGCCAAGGGGCAGUGUUCUCCCACAGCAGCAGCGGCCAUGGCUCCCUGUCCCACGCCCUCACUGCUCCUCUGCCCCCGCGCCUGGGCGUCUGUCUGGACUGUGACAAAGGGCGGGUGACCUUCUGCGACGCCCACUCCCUGCGGGUGCUCUGGACCGGGCCUGUGGACUGCUCUGCCCCGGUCUGCCCCGCUUUCUGCUUCAUCGGAGGCGGUGCUCUCCAGCUGCAGGACAUGAUAGUCAACAGGAAUAUUGAAGAGCCACCUCCGCGCAGGGUCACCAUUCAGACACGGGCAAACAAGCUCAUAAAGUAG